AUGAUGUUGCACAUGCUCUCUUUCCACAAUCUUCAUACCUGCCAACCAUUCCUCAGUUUCCAUUGGCAUGCAAUUAAAUGUAUGGCGAAUCCUUGGAGAGUGAAAAUGGUGGCGAAACAAAUAACGAGAGAAUUAUCCCCUGUGGUUUUAACUGAUAAAGUGUUGCAGUUCGCAGUCUCGCCUGAAGCCAUCUCAGGAGCCGGCCGCUAUCUUUCUUCUCUUACCACUAUUACUAUUAGUGACGUUGGAGUCUCCGCUGAUUUGCAGGUGGUCAAAGUGUAUGUUUCUGUUUUUGGAGAUGAUAAGAGGGAAGGACAUUGGAAUUGCUGGAUUGAAGUCAAAGCUAAGUAUGCGGGUAUGAAGUUGCUGCUGACUCCUGAGAUACGCUUUAUUGAAGAUGAAUCUUUAGAGAGAGGAAGCAGGGUAAUUGCCAUAUUAGAUAGGAUUAAGGCUGAAAAAGAGAUUUCAGAAAGUCGAAUAGGGGAACAGCCUGAAUCAGCUGAUUUGCCUGAAGAUGAUAAAGAUUGGGAGGGUGAUAAUGUUGAUGAAGACAUCAUAUAUGUGAAAUAGCACUGUGCUUAGUUACUCAGCAAUGUUAGAACAUGUAUAUGGUCUCUAUCUAAGCAUAUAUAUACUGAGUAUGCAAGAUAGAAACCAAAAUUAAUAUGCGGAAU